GUACAAUUCGACGUUGAGCAAUCGAAGUAGUUCCCAGCACUGACGAUAACUUGCUAUCUGCCUAUCGAACUUUUGACUGCACUAAAAAGCCCAGGAAUUACACUUUUUACAUAUUCCGGAUACCCGUUAAAAAAGGAGGAAAUCAAAACUGACCACGUCUACACAUUCCAAUAUGAGCAAAGUAACCUUUAAAAUCACGCUAACUUCGGACCCCAAGCUGCCAUUCAAGGUGCUCAGUGUUCCGGAGGGAACUCCCUUCACAGCCGUGCUGAAAUUUGCUUCCGAAGAGUUCAAAGUUCCGCCGGAGACAAGUGCUAUUAUCACGGACGAUGGCAUUGGCAUAAGUCCUCAGCAAACCGCAGGAAAUGUGUUCCUGAAGCACGGAUCUGAGCUGCGUCUCAUACCUAGAGAUCGGGUGGGCCACCAAAUAAGCUAGUUUACCUAAUCCCUGCGUAUUGUCCCUAUGAGAUUUCCCCUUUUUGAAUGCUUAUUAAAAUUUAAAUUACUUAAUCGGUAGUAAUUAAUCGAAUACCUA